AUGCAGGACCCCUCCCAAGGGCCGCUGAAGGUCCAUUGGCUCAGCGCUCUGUUCCUGUGCAGGCUCGCGGCCAGCAUGGCCCCCACACUGCAGCAGGCGUACCGGAGGCGCUGGUGGAUGGCCUGCACGGCCGUGUUGGAAAACCUCUUCUUCUCCGCUGUGCUCCUGGGCUGGGGCUCCCUGCUGCUCAUGCUCAAGAAGGAGGGCUUCUAUUCCAGCCUGUGCCCAGUUGAGAACACCAGCAGCGUCACCCAGGACCAGUGGCCUCAGUGGAUCAGCUGUGACUGGCAGGACGAGAUGCUCAACCUGGGCUUCACGAUUGGCUCCUUCGUGCUCAGCGCCACCACCCUGCCACUGGGGAUCCUCAUGGACCACUUUGGCCCACGGCCAAUGAGGCUGAUGGGCAGUGCCUGCUUUGCUGCAUCCUGCACCCUCAUGGCCUUGGCCUCUCGGAACACCGAAGUUCUGUCUCCGUUGAUAUUCCUGGCACUGUCCCUGAAUGGCUUUGGUGGUAUCUGCCUAACGUUCACUUCACUCACUCUGCCCAACAUGUUUGGGAACCUGCGCUCCACUUUCAUGGCCCUCAUGAUCGGUUCCUAUGCCUCUUCCGCCAUCACGUUCCCCGCUAUCAAGCUGAUCUAUGAUGCCGGGGUGGCCUUCGUGGUCAUCAUGUUCACCUGGUCCGGCCUGGCCUGCCUCAUCUUCCUGAACUGUGCCCUCAACUGGCCCAGCGAAGCCUUUCCAGCCCCUGAGGAGGUUGAUUACACGAAGAAGAUCAAGCUCAGCGGGCUGGCCCUGGACCACAAGGUGACAGGUGACCGCUUCUACACCCACGUGACCACUGUGGGCCAGCGGCUAAGCCAGAAGGCCCCCAGCCUGGAGGAGGGGGCUGAUGUCUUCAUCUCGUCCCAGGACGUUCGUGGCACCUCGGAAAACGCUCCCGAGAAGUCCAUCCCUUUCCGCAAAAGUCUCUGCGCCCCCAUUUUCCUGUGGAGCCUCCUCACCAUGGGUAUGACCCAGCUGCGGGUCAUCUUCUACAUGGCCGCCAUGAACAAGAUGCUGGAGUACAUUGUGAUUGGUGGCCAUGAGCAUGUGACGGACGAGCUGAGACAAAGGGCAGCAGAGACAGUUGGGGUCUUCUCCUCCAUCUUUGGGGCCAUGCAGCUAUUGUGCCUUCUCACCUGCCCCCUCAUUGGCUACAUCAUGGACUGGCGGAUCAAGGACUGCGUGGACGACCCCACCGAGGGCACUGCCCUUGGAGACGCCAGGGACGGGAUGGCCACCAAGCCCACCCAGCUGCCGCGCUAUCGCAAGAUCCAGAAGCUCACCAAUGCCAUCAACGCCUUCACCCUGACCAACCUGCUGCUCGUGGGGUUUGGCAUCACCUGCCUCAUCAACGACUUACAUCUCCAGUUUGUGACCUUCGUCCUACACACCAUGGUUCGGGGCUUCUUCCACUCUGCCUGCGGAGGCCUCUACGCUGCCAUAUUCCCAUCCAACCACUUUGGGACACUCACGGGCCUGCAGUCCCUCAUCAGCGCUGUGUUCGCCCUGCUACAGCAGCCACUCUUCAUGGCCAUGGUGGGACCCUUGAAAGGAGACCCCUUCUGGGUGAAUCUGGGCCUCCUGCUCUUCUCACUCCUGGGGUUCCUGCUGCCUUGCUACCUCUUCUACUUCCGUGCCCGGCUCCAGAGGAAGUAUGCCGCCGGCUGGGUGGAGCCCCAGAAGGUGCUUGGCACCUCGGAGCCGACGGUGGCAUAG